AUGGGAUCACCAGAUGGUGAGGUAGGCACAAUCGAUGAGCGUGAGAGAUACAAGGUGUACACUAUGUAUAAGUUGAUCCAAGUAGUAAACGUUUCCCGUCAAAAAUAUCCUCCAGAUCAAAAUCUAUUCCUAAGAUAUACACACUCAAAACUUCCCACGUCGGCGACACGACAGAGGGAGCUCGAAUCAUACGUCGUAUCAAUUUGUCUUUUGCCAAUUACUGAAGAUGAUACUGUAUUUCAAUGCAUAGUAGAGUCAGUAGCAUACGUUAGGUUUUUUUCUUACAUAUUUUCCGAGCAUAAUGCGCGGUCAGAAGAGCCGAUAUUGUACCUUGCGUCAUCAAUUAGUCAUAUAUCUUAUUUCACACCUUGA